AUGUCCAAGGUGUCUAACAGCACCCAAGUCCCCUUCUACUUUAUCCUCACGGGCAUCCCUGGAUUUGAGGCUUUCCACAUCUGGAUCUCCAUCCCCUUCUGCUGCCUCUAUACCAUCUCCAUCGUGGGGAACACCACCAUUCUCGCUGUCAUCCGCACAGAGCCAUCCCUCCACCAGCCCAUGUACCUAUUUCUCUCCAUGCUGGCCCUGACUGACCUGGGCCUCACCCUCACCACCUUGCCCACAGUCAUGCAGCUUCUCUGGUUCAACAUUCCCAAGAUCAGCUUUGAAGCUUGCUUUGCACAGGUAUUUUUCAUUCAUACAUUCUCUUUCAUGGAAUCUUCAGUCCUAUUGGCCAUGUCCUUUGAUUGCUAUGUAGCCAUCUGUCGCCCCCUCCAUUAUGACACCAUCCUCACCAGCGAAGUCAUUGGCAGGAUUGGGUUGGCCAUCAUUGGCCGCUGUAUCCUGGCUGUUCUCCCUUCCCUUUUCCUACUCAAGCGCCUGCCUUUCUGCCACUCCCAUCUUCUCUCUCACUCCUAUUGCCUCCACCAGGAUAUGAUCCGCCUGGUCUGUGCUGACAUCCGGGUCAACAGCUGGUAUGGAUUUGCUCUGGUUUUGCUCAUUAUUGUCAUGGACCCUCUGCUCAUCAUUCUCUCCUACACGUUCAUCCUGAAAAAUAUCUUGGGCACAGCCUCUUGGACUGAGCGGCUCCGGGCUCUCAAUAACUGUCUAUCCCACAUUCUGGCUGUUCUGGUGCUUUAUGUCCCCAUGAUUGGAGUAUCCAUGACCCAUCGAUUUGCCAAGCAUGCCUCUCCACUGGUCCAUGUUAUCAUGGCCAAUAUCUACCUGUUGGCACCUCCUGUGAUGAACCCCAUCAUUUACAGUGUCAAGACUAAGCAGAUCCGCCAGGGAAUUAUCCACCUCAUUUCCCAAAGAAAUAUGUGCUUAAAAUGAAAGAGUGGAUUUGUUAAAUUACUCAGGAGUUGAGUCACAGGCUUAUAGGGAGAGUAUAGUCAGAAUUAGAAAUGGAGACUGAAAGAAUCUAGCCACAAAUAUUCUAUCCAAAAGAGAUGUGAAUCUGAGUUGAUUAAAUUCUAGCACAUUUACCAGCCAGUGGGAUGACCUUUGUUAAUUGAGUAGAGAUUUAAGUUUCAUCUUCCUUUUUGGAUAUGCUUCUCUCCCAUGAGUUUGGUUAAAUAAGUUUGAAGGAAUCCCUUACUUGUUGCCCCCCACCACCCAUUCCCUUUGGCAGUUCCACUCAGGCAUCUGGGUUAAUUCUAGGUCCAUUAUGCUGGUUCACUCUACUGCAUGGAUAUGCUCCAAUUUUCUGUUGCAAAAAAGAGUGACAAACCUUCCAUGGAAGAUGGAAACAGAUCAAGUUUCUUAGCUAUUCAGUUUUACCUAACCAACAUGAUUUCAGCACAUGAAAUCUAAGUGAACAUAUGCAAUCUAAAGAUUGGUGUGGAAUAGCCAAAGUGUGGAAGGAGCCUCGGUGUCCAUCGAAAGAUGAACGGAUAAAGAAAAUGUGGUUUAUGUAUACAAUGGAAUAUUACUCAGCCAUUAGA